AUGCCGAACCAAAUCCGGGAUAUCAGCGAAACCUUCGUGGAUGAGGAACAUCAUUUAAUCUUCGAAAAGAACGUCUCUGUUCCUCUCAAAUGGAAUGGAGGUGUUCUUCGUAUCAAUGUCUACCGGCCAAAGGCCGAGGGAAAAUACCCUAGUCUUGUCACUUAUGGCCCUUAUGGGAAAGACAUCUACUAUGGAGACUUCCACACAAAGUCGUUCUCCGAGGUCAAUCCUGUCCAUAAGUCCAAGUACUCCGCCUGGGAGACCCCGGACCCUGUUUACUGGACCAAACGCGGUUAUGUUAUUGUUCGUGCAGAUGAGCAGGGUCUGGGCCAAUCACCUGGCCUCUUGGACACCAUGUCUGCCAGCACUGCAAACAGCUUCUUUGAUCUCAUCGAGUGGACUGCCGUGCAAGAUUGGUGCAGUGGCAAAGUCGGUCUGCUCGGUGUGAGCUACUUUGCUGGAAGCCAGUGGCGCGUUGCAGCAAAGCGGCCUCAGGGCCUUGCUGCCAUUGUUCCUCACGAGGGCAUGUCGGACUAUUACCGCGACCGCUGUCGCCACGGCGGCAUUUUAUCCAACAACUUCAUCAACUUCUGGUGGAAUCGACAGGUCAUCACAAAUCAAUAUGGUCGACCCGGUCGCUCCAAGUCCCGUUGGGGCGAAGACACAAUCGAGGGAGAUCUGGAUGAGGCUGAAUUAGCAGAGAACUGUCGAGACCAGAACGUUGACAAUGUCGACAACCCCUUCCUUGACGACGAGUAUCACGACGCGAGGACCUUUCGUCUCGAAGAUAUUGAAGUUCCACUACUGAGCGUCGCAAAUUGGGGUGGAAUAACAUUGCAUCUGCGCGGUAAUGUGGAGGGGUACACCUGGGCAGGCUCGAAGCAGAAAUUCCUGCGCUUCAUCGUUGGGCGUCAUGAUUUGCCGUUCUAUUAUGAUGAGGAGGUUGAGGUGCACCGCAGCUUUAUGGAUGCAUUCUUGAAGGACGACGAUUAUGCGGGUUGGAAGAGUGGCAAGAUGCCCCCCGUUAGUGUUUGUCUGAGAAAGGGCGAUGUUGGCUUCAAUAACCCCGAAGGAGAGCUUACAUUUCCUCGACGGGAUGAGUUAGAGUGGCCUAUUGCGAGAACAGAGUAUACGAAAUACUUUCUGACUCCUGACCUGGUCAUGGGAAAUACCCCUCAGAGUGUUAGAAUGACAAAGGUAUCCAAGCUAUCCUAUGAUGCGGGUGAUUCCUCGAUCAAGGGGACGAAGGUGCUUGAAUUCAAAAUGCGACCCAGUCUCUCUGAACUUGAAGUGACGGGCAAUCUCGUCGCACAUCUAGCUGUGUCGGUCGACAGCAAGAUUUCCCCGCCUCCGGAUAAUCUGGAGCUAGACCUAUUUUUGACCCUUCGUCAUUUUACUGCUGCAGGCACGGAGAUUCCUUACACGGGAUCUUCAGGGGAUGCGGUACCAGUCACAAAAGGCUGGCUGCGAACAAGUCUGCGCAAGGUCAAUUCCGACAGUCCCUACCACAGGCCUUAUCUUCCUCGACGGGAGUAUCGGUCUAUUGAUGUUCAGCCUGUGCAGAAUGGAACAGUUUAUGAGGUCGAUGUUGAGAUGUGGCCAACAAAUGUUGUUGUUGAAAAAGGAGGCUAUUUGGUUCUCCAAGUAGCAUCGGAGGAUACCGAUCCCGGAGUUGGCCUCUUCAAGCACAACUCUCCAGUUGACCGACCUGCUGCGAAGUUCUCCGGAACUAACAACAUCCAUUUUGAUGGGCAUGAUAACUACCUUCUGCUUCCUGUGAUACCUGAAGCUUAA